CUUCUCUUGCUCACCCUCUUCCUAACCCUCCUCUGCCACCUGGCCAGCUCAGAUCCUGUUCAUUUUGAGGUUAACAUUAAGUGCGAAAUUCCUAACAUCAACUGGUGUGCUGUGCUCUAUGUCUACGAAGAAGAUCAUCCGACGACGGGACACGAUGUGCAGAUAGAAAAACAUUUUUGUACGACAAAAAGCUCCCUUCAUCACAACGAGACGAAAACUCCUGGUGGAGACUUCCCUACGCCGAACUACGAGUUUUCUUACGUACUCAAUCAUAAUUGUACUUCCGACGGCGAAGAAAAAUGUGUGCACCCUAAUAAAACAACUGAUGUCAACGCAUCGGGAGAACAAUUUGUCAAGUUCGACAUCAAUGCAAGACCAGACUAUCCACGUCGCUGUGGUUAUCCGAAUCAGGGAUUUUUUAUAUCAUUCGAAUUUUAA